UGUUCCUUCAACACACUUCCCCGCCUGUCCGACCACCUCCACCAGCAACUUUGGUUUCGGUAUACCAAAGACGCUGUCAAUAAUGCCGGUCCCGGUCGCAGCCAAAGUUGGCAUCGUCGUCGCAUCGGUAGCUGUGACGGCUGCCAUCGCCAUCUACGAAAUUCCAGAAGUCCGCCGCGCAACCGAAGACCUCCGUCGACGGAUCGCAGUCGCCCUCCACUCCCUCGGCGACAAUUUCGAUCCAAACAGGGAGCCACGCUUCAAUCGCCCUGAAGACGCCGAUGGAUUCUAUCAGAGUCACGAGGUCGAUGCCGACGAGGAAACGAGGAGGAGGCAGCGGGAGGAGUUGAUGUACUGGAACCUCCGCCACGAGGAGCAACAGCAAGACCAUCAAGAGGUCCGGCAACGACCUCGUGGCUCAACCUUCGACGACUUCCUCCAACCGGACCGUACAGGCGAUAGCGGCGCCUUCGUUUAUAACACCGGAGCGGACGCUUGGGACGCCGAAUCUUCCAACGUCCUCCGCCGCCGGGGCAACGUCGAGGGUGUACGGGGUCUGAACGCCGCCAUGGUGAGCGACCCCUUCAGCGACGAGCACGGCAUCGAGCUGGAUGACAGUGCCGACAUUCUCCCUCCGGCCCGCGCCGAAGCCAUGUCGGACAUCUACGGCGCCACCCCUCGCGUGCUUUCCCCUUCCGUUGCCCACGUUCAGCCCAUCCCGGUCCAGCCCCUGGCUGUCCCAGUCGCCAGCGAAGUCCUUUUCGACUUUGAGUCCCACAACGCCCCUAGUGAGUACGCCACAGCCGUGGGAGAAGACAACGACGACGCCACGGAGUCCCCACGGGCCACCACACCCACCGCCACCUCCCGCAGCACCACCAUUGGCCGUGAGCUCGCCGAGGACGAAUACAUGACCGCCGGACAGGACGACCGCACUGCCGCCGAUGCCUACGCCUCGAUCCAGGCGUGGGCCCACAACUCGUCCAACACAGGCUUCUACUCGCCCCUUCCCGAGACCCCCCAGGCGCCGCUCUCCGAUCCCGAGGUCAUCAGCCACGGGCAGCUUACGCCGACGGAUUCGGUGUCGAUGGUUGGGUCCGGUGUGGACGUUGCCAAUGAUGCCGUCUCAGUCGCCGAUGGCCGUGAUUAUGACGUCAUGAGCGAGUCGGAUGGCGCGGUACACACGCCGGGCAGCUGGUCCGAGGUGGGGAGCGUAAUCAGCGAGAGCGAGAGUGCGGCGCGGGCCUAAGCCCUCCUGCUGUCCCGGGUUGUUGUUUUCUGGGUUUGCUGGCCUACGUGCGAUACCACCAACCUUUCUGGCGUUUAUUGGUUUUGGCGUUACUGGUUACUGGGAUAUCGGGAAGGGACAGGGUAUCGAAGGGAUAGCAUAGCAUUUGGGCCAUCAGGAUAGGAGAGUUGUGCUUUCCCAAGUAGCCAGCUGCUGCCACGGACAGAGGCGCGUUAUAUCACGGCCUUGAAGGGAUCUCUGACUGCAGACAUAGGAAGGGGACCUUGUAUAGGUAUUUGCAUAGUGAGCUCAAGUCAGAAUAGAUGCCAUUUCAUAAGCUUGUGAAUUAAA